UGAUAAUGAAAAACAAAAGUACAAAACCUACGCUUCUGCGCAUGGCCAUGUCUAUACGGCCACUCUGCUGGGCAAGACUCCUCUUGUUGUUUUGGGGCCGGAGUUGAGAGGAAAUGACUGUAGAUGCGGAUGUGUCGUAGCUUUCCCGCGGUUUGAGAGGUCUCUGAUUCAGUUCAUGCUAAAGGAGCGCUGUGUACUUUACCUGGGGGAUUUAAAACAAGAAAUAAACAAACAGUUUGAUUGCAGCGAAACGUCAACCGGUGGACUCAUACUGCAGUGCUGCCCUUACAAGAAUCAUCAGAUCAUCAGCUCAUCAAGUGAUAAUAUGCCCCCCAAAAGCCAGAGAAGAACAGCGGCGGCUACUGUAAUACAGGAGAUGGAAGAUAAACAGAUGGACAACGGGGGUAGUCCAAACAAGAGCAACGAACUUACAGCCGAAAGGCAUAAAGACAAGGAAUCUGACUUUCUCACACUGUGUCAGAAGCUGAAGGUGACGGACGAGGUGUGUGAUCGAGCAUGGAGAAUAUGGGAGACAGUGCUGUCAUCGGGGGAUAUAGUGCCGGACACCAACGUAAAGCACUGGGGAGUCUGUUUGUUCAUAGCGGGAACAGACCUGAAUACAAUGACGUUUACAUUCUCAGAGCUGCAGAAGAAUAUAAAUGUGAAUGUUGCCUACUUCUUUAACCUGCUGAAGAAGACGGAUGUAAAUAUGGACAUUGUAAGCACUAAAGUGAACACAGCCGUAUCCAGGCUGGAAAACAAAUAUGAUGUACAUCUUGCACUGUACCAGAGGUUUGAGAGGACUUGUACAAAAAUCUACAUGGAGGCUCCAGAUGUACAAGAAAAUUUGAACACAGAUUCAAAAUCAAUCAUUAGAAGGUGCUGGAUCCUUUUUCUGCUGGCAAAAGGUUAGUGAGUG